AUGGACCAGCAGGAGGAAUGUGUCCUUCCUUCAGCAAAACUGAAGGAAAAACACAUUAAUGUCAUCCAGCAGCUGGAACAAACCAUAGAGGACCUCAGGACUAAGAUCGCUGAGCUGGAGCGACAGUCCCCUCUGCUGGACAGGGGUAGUAUGAAACCCUUCACCACCACCACAGAUAAGGAAUGUGGGGGAGAGGAGGGCUUACUGAGGGUUGUGUGUGACGCUCACCUGCAGACGGAGGCAACUCACUUCCUGGACUGCCUGGAGGCUAAGUCGGUGCAGACGUCGCCCAUGGAUGACAGCUUUAAGUUCAAAGUGCCUUGUAGUGAAUUGGAUGGAGUGAACAGCUUCCUACAGCCCUCACCAAGGCAGGAUGGCUACCAAUGUUCAUGUCAGCAGCAGCCUUCUCCCCUUCCAGGAGGAGCAGUACCUCCUCAUCCAGGCCAGACUGUGGUACCUCCUCCAGCACCACCUCCUCCAGUAGGCUUAAUGCCAGCUCUGCCACCACCUCCUCCUCCUCCUCCCCUUCCUGGUGGCCUUGUCCUACCCCCACCCCCUCCUCUCCCUGGUGGGAUUGCUCCACCCCCACCUCCUCCUCCUCCUCCUCCUCCUCCUCCUCCUCCUCCCCUUCCCGGUGGCCUUGUCCCACCCCCACCCCCUCCUCUCCCAGGUGGCAUUGCCCCUCCUCCUCCUCCUCCAUUACCAGGCCUUGGAUGCCCACCUCCUCCACCACCUCCUCCACCACCACCUCCAGGCUGUGGACCUCCUCCUCCUCCUCCACCAGGAGCCAUCUGUGUUUGUCCAGCUCUUCCAGGUUCCCUGGGCUCCCUGCCUCCUCCUCUGCCGUUGGGGCUAUAUGCUUUGGGUUUGACUCAGGAGAAACCACCCAGGAAGGCUAUGGUGGAGCCGCCCAGACCCAUGAAGCCACUCUACUGGACCAGGAUCCAGCUGCACACCAAAAAGGAGGUUUCUUCUUCGUUGGUGUGGGAGACAAUUGAGGAGCCUGAUGUGGACUUUGAUGAGUUUGUAGAGUUAUUCUCGAAAACAGCUGUAAAGGAGAAGAAGCAGCCACUCUCUGACACCAUCACCAAGUCUAAGACCAAACAGGUAGUGAAGCUGCUGAACAACAAGCGUUCUCAGGCAGUGGGAAUACUCAUGUCCUCUCUGCACCUUGAUAUGAAAGACAUCCAGCAUGCCAUCCUGAACUUGGACAACACUGUAGUGGACCUGGAGACUCUGCAGGCGCUAUAUGAGAAUAGGGCACAGCAGGAAGAGCUGGACAAGAUUGAAAAGCACAUCAAGUCCACUAAAGAUAAAGAGAACGCUAAACCUCUGGACAAACCUGAGCAGUUUCUCUACCAGCUCUCUGUGAUCCCAAACUUCUCUGGCAGAGUUUUCUGCAUCCUUUUCCAAUCCAGCUUCUCUGAGUGCAUGUCAUCUAUAAUGAGGAAACUGGACACACUGCAGAGGGUAUGCAAGGCCUUACAGGACAGUGAGACAGUGAAGCAGGUUCUAGGUCUGGUUCUGGCCUUUGGUAACUUCAUGAAUGGUGGUAAUCGAACCAGAGGCCAAGCUGAUGGCUUCACCCUAGACAUCCUGCCCAAACUCAAAGAUGUCAAGAGCAGCGACAGCACAAAAAGUCUUUUGUCCUACAUUGUUGCAUACUACCUCAGACAUUUUGAUGAGGAUGCUGGCAGGGAGUCGUGCUUGUAUCCUCUCCCUGAGCCUCACGAUUUGUUCCAGGCUUCUCAGAUGAAGUUUGAAGACUUUCAGAAAGACCUGACUCGACUCAGGAAGGAUCUUAGAGCUUGUACAUCAGAAGUGGACAAAGUAUGUAAAGUUUCAGAUGAGGAUAACUUGCAGCCUUUCAAAGACAAGAUGGAGGACUUCCUAACACAAGCUAAAAGUGAACUGGAGACUCUGGAAGCUCAACUCAGCAGCACUCACAAACUGUUCCUGGAGCUCACAGUGUUCUUCUCAGUGAAGACCAAGGCAGGAGAGAAGGAGGUUUCACCCAACACACUCUUCUGCAUCUGGCACGAGUUCUCCUCUGACUUCAAGGACCAGUGGAAGAGGGAGAACAAGGCCAUUCUCAAGGAAAGGUUAAAAGCAGCAGAGGAAAGUUUCCGUCAGGCCAAGGAGAAGGCUUCCUACAGCGUCAAACCUAAACACGCCUCUGGCAUCAAAGCCAAGCUUGGCAUGAAGAUUUGACUCCAUAGACUCAGCAGUGAGUCAAAAAGAAAACAGUAUGAAGAGGACAGAAGAGAAAGAGGAAGGGACAGCACAAAUGGUGAUGGCAUGUACUGUAUGUGCAGCUGAGCCUGCUCUAGGCAUCUUCUUUCAUUUAUUUAUGUUUAUCCUGCUCUGUCAGCUUGUCUUACGUUAAUUCCUCUCAAGCUGAUAACUUAAUGCAACACAGUCAUGGAAGGAUGUUCCUGUAGGAGCCACCAGGCAACAGGAAUCAUGGACUUUUGGGAUCAUCACAACUCAGACAUAUUACAUACCUUACACAUAGGUGGAAAAACAUCACACUGUGUGUGUAGUCUAGUCUAAACAAUAACACCACCCAACUAUAAUCGCCAAAAAAUCACCACAAGCUCAGUAAUGAAGACUGUUUGUUCAAAAUCAGAUGGACUGGCCCAAGCAACAAUGACAUGACUCAGUAUUACAUUAUUAAUAUUAACUGUCUGACAGGCCACAUUGUGUUAUUUGAAUUCAGCUCAAAGCCACAGCUGUGUGAAUCACCCUCCCAGUGCAGAAUGCUGAGUCAUUCUUGGCUUCAGAAAAAGAAAAUAUUAAUCACUCAUGGUUGAUUUCGUAACACCUGUGGGUACUGGUGGUAACAGCAGGUAUGUUAUAACACCGGUCCCAGAGUUCUGUGAAUUACAGGCAACAAACACUGGGGGCAGCAAACACACCACAGGCAGCUAUCAGAAGAAAUAAAUAUAACAGAAGAAGACAAACCUGCGUACCCAUUUAAGACAGUGGUAACACUGAAGUCAUGAUCUGGUUUCCACAAUACUAGAAAAGAAUGAAUGCACCAGCAUUCAUCUUCCAGAUCUCAUCCAGUAAAUGAAUGUCAAAUGUGUCAUUUCAUCACUUGUCUGUUUAGUUGGGACAACAUGCAUUUGCCUUACUUUUCUACAAAACUUUCGCCAUUUUCAUUGCAUACAUCAACAAUAAUGGAUCUUUGUUGUAAAAGGUGCAAAUAUGGUUCUACAGUGGUAGCCAUAGGAGAGUGAUCUGCAUUCCCCUCUUUGUGUUACCUCCUCCAUGGACGUUACGUUUAAGUGAUUAACUUUUGCCAUGGAUAGUACCAUGUGAACAUUUAUAAAACACUGCACUUUAUGUUUUGGCUCAUAACCCUUGAACCUCAUAUGAGCAAAAUUUUGUUGAUAAAGAUAAAUGUCAGUAUGGGCCCAGAUAUUUCUGCUUAACAGGUUUUCCCAAAAUUUUGAAUUUUUUACUGAGUUUUGGAAAACAGUGUUUAUCCACUAUUUUCUUUUUUAAGAUUAUUUUCUGCCUUUUUCUGCCAUCCAGAGAGAUGGGAAAUGUGGGGAAUGACAUGCAGCAAACAGUCCAGCCAAGUAUUAAAUCUCACCAUAUCUAAGCUUUUGUUGUUUAUUCCAAAAUAGCCUCCUAAAACACCUUAUCUAACUUUUGUAGGUGUAGUUUAGUUGGCACAACAACGGCAUAAAUUUCAAUGGCCAUGACUCAGAGACUACAAGUCUGACUCAUGAGUUGUUAAUUACCCUUAGACUAAAUAUUUAGGGAAAACAUCUUGGUCACUAUCAGAUAUCAGCAUGAUUACCCUGUACCAUGUUUUUGAUUCUAAAAUAAAAAAAAUAAAUAAAAAAAAUUGUUUUUUAACGCGUUUUAUCGUUAAAAUCAAAUUUAGAAGUUUGUGCAACUUUGGACCUGAGAGUGUGAAGCUUUCAGACUAGGGCCAGCUUCAGCAGCCACUAAUUUAACAGAGGACUGCAGUGAUUAGCACUGCUUAGCAGCACUUAAACACUCAAGUAAACAAACAAAUAAUGGUUGCAGCAAUGUCGAAAAGUAACAAAAAUGUGGGUUAUCCCAAACAGCCAUGAACACAUCCUUAACAAUGCAGUAAAUAUUCUGUGUGGUCACAUUGACAUCUCAUCACACACUUCAUGGACUCUCACAUUACCACAAUGCUGUUUGUGAUUCUACAUCCUGACUGUCCAGAAUUAGCUUCUAUUUAGAAAAUCAAACAGUGCAUUUUUACAGCAGUGUUGAUCGGCAGGAGAAAUGUACUUAAAUGUGUAAUUUCAAUGUAUUUCAGUGACAUGCCAUAUUGUACCAGGUAUAACAUAGGGUGUGUGUGUGUGUGGGUGGUUGAUCACAUCUUUGUGGUUGAUAAGCUGUGUGAUGAAGGAUGUGUAUUGUGCAUUGAAUUACAGCUAUUGAAUUUUGUGGCAGAAUUAAAGACUUUAUUAAUGGAAAGUAAUAAAUUGUUUGAAAUGAUUGUGAGACACAUUUUGGGUUCAUGUCAGUGAGAUCCUCCUCUGUUGGUUAGCAUGAUACUCACAACAGGAACCCAACUACAUUUGAACUGUUUCAUGUGCAAUAAAUGUUUCUGUAUACAUGUAUAUGAAUGGGAUGCAUGGGGUCUGGGUGCAGUGUAAUUUCUGUAAAAUAA